AUGGACGACUUGGCGGAGGCGCAAGUCAUAUUGCGCUAUGGCGGAACUCGCGAGUCUGUCGUCAUUUCGAAGUUUGCGCAGGUUGGAAAAAUAUCGUUUUUUAAAACUCACUACUCACAAAUACCAGGAGAAAUAUAUCGAAGGAAAACUUUACAGUCCUACGAUCUCCUCAUGGAACGAGCUAGGCAGAUAGUAGAGAAGAAAGAGCCGAUGGAAUCGCGGCAAAUCUUCCUCUUUCUGCACGACUACAACUCACCGACACUGCUCCACCCUCUCACUUCCAGUCAAAAAAUCGUGAGCUUCAAGGAUUUAUCAUGAAAACCAAAUAGACAUACAUCCGCUCUUGGUCGUACACCUAAGCGAGAAGAUUCGGACCUGCUCUGCGGCUCAAAAUUAUGACUUAAAUAAAGCUUAUAUUGAAAUUCCGAACUAUAGAUAUAUUCCUAAUAAUUUGAAGAACAACGGAUGUACAGUGGAGAUCAUCACAGUCGACCGUGCAGAACCGCCGGUCGUGCCACAUGUCGUAGAAGUUGGUUCUCUCCGAGUGCAUCAGUGAAAACAACGCAGAAUAUAAAUUUAGCCGGAAACGUACAUGCGACCGACUUUCUGCGAUUUUUGCGGCGAGAUGCUCACCGGAUUCAUACGGCAAGGAGUCAAGUGCAAAAAUUGCGGGUCAGUAAAUUCAGUUUGUCUUGAAACUUUCCCCUAUUUCACACAGUUCCGACUGUGAGACAGUUGAAACCUUACAAUACGAUAAUUUGUUCUCUUAAAUUCACGACUGAACUUCUUGAGCUCGUUUCUUUUUCGUUAAGUCAAUUCGAAGUUACAUUUUUUUUUCUCACAAAUUCUUACACCUAUUUGGUUUGAUCAUUCGUUGAACCAAGUUCCUCGAGAAAACACCCACUCAGGUCGCUUACAGAGGUAACUACCAUCGAAGGUGCAGCAACACGGCGAGAAACAACUGCGCAGUGGCGACCUCCAGCUCGUCCAGGAUGCCUCCAACCAUCAACGAAGUCGCCAGCCAAGCAUUUCCCGUUGCUGCACUCUCUCCGCCCACGGGUUCGUUUUCUACCCAGUUACUUUUCCAAGUAUCUUCAGGUCUGCCUCACACGCUGGUGGAACACAGCUACCGACAGUUCACCGUUUGUAAAGUAUGCGAUCACCUCCUAGUGGGACUUGUCAAACAAGGACUGAAAUGCCGCGACUGUGGGGUUCGUAUAAAAGUCGUCAAAAAGUUGACGGUACUUGAGUUUAAAAUAAAAAUUCAUUUUUUUAGGUGAACGUGCACCGAAAGUGCGCCAUCGAACUCGUCUCAAACUGCGUGUUGACAGAGAAUGCAAUAUCGCGGAUGAGUGUUAAUGAGGCAGAGACGUCGGCCAACGACAACAUUCCUCUUUUCCGACUGCCGGGUGAGUCCUUCAAAGGCAUCGUUGCGAUGCGAAACCUUCAGGGCAGGUUGGUGUGCGGAGCAGCGAGCAGAAAAACGUCGAAGGCUGGAUGAUCCACUUCCUAUUGUCGGACCCGGAGCGUCGUCUCAAACACUACUGGAUGCUCAACAACAACGCCAUACACAUGUACAAUGAGUACAACGACGGUGUCGGUCAGUUUUAAUUAAGCUUAGACGUUUUAUAGAAUGGGAUGAAGAUGGAAAACUUACAAAUUAAAGCGCAGCCGAUUCUGGUGUCAAAAAUUGACGGCUCAGAGAGCAACCUUCUCUCAGAACUUUCCGUCUUACAUUAAUUCAAAAAUUUGUCAAAAGCUAAACCUGCAAGAAAAUAUUUUAUUCAAAAAAUUGGUAUAGUCUGUGUGCCACGACUUGGAAUUUUACGGAACGACAUUCCGCUGUGCCGCUGCGCGCCUUUGCGAACCUUGGUCGCGCUUUCAAUUUUUUUCUUUUAUUAAGGAACUCUACUUUCAUGUGCUUCCACAGCAAUAACAAUCAAUUGAAAGCGUGACCUAGAUUCGAAAGACGCUUCGCGAACGCACGCAGGGGAACAGCGGAAUGUCGUUCCAUGAAAUUUCAAGUUGUGGCGUACAGACUAUAGGAAGACUAAUUUUAAGAAGCACGGAGUGUCUGAUGAUUCCAGUUUUUAGAGUUACAUUUCCUAUUUUAUGAACGGGGUUUUUUUUCUGUGGCUUUUUUUUUUUGACUUUUUGGAUUAUGAAUCUAGCGAUAAUCCGGGAACUUUUUUCAAGGAUGAAAGUGAGGAGUAAUGAAUCUGAAACUUGGCGAAGACUAAACUACUUUUAAAAUGUUUGGUGCUAAAGCAUGAACAGAAAUAUUAGUUGAGUUUAUAGUUAUUUCGUUAAAGACGUCAAAUAUUUUAGUAAUGGAAGCAAUUAUAAUAAAAAUAUACUCCCUCUCCAAACAUCAAAUUCUAGCCAUGUAUUUGUCUUCAGGUGUAAAUCCGACGCGAGUUUACAAAGUUUUACCUCUUGCGGAAAUCGUCGCGAUAACACAACACAAUGGACCUACCGUUUUGGCAAAGCAAGUUUCUUCUCGAUCUUUUCGUCAUAAUAGCGCAAAUUUAGAUAUCCACCCCACUGCUUCGAAAUUAGAACCAAUGCGAACGUCGUCUACUGUGUGGGUGAAAACCUUCACGCGUUAUCAGGAGGUCCGCCGAAAAAAAUGCCGCGGAGUAUGAGCUUCCGACCUACUUCCAACACUCAGAUGUGGUUUCAGGUACUUUUCAGUGACUUCUGAAGACCACCUUCAUAAUUUUUUAACAUUCCAGGUCUUGAAAGACUCCUUACAACCACCAUCAAGGACUGAAGAUAACACAGAACAAGCUUUAGAAUUCGCAAAUCUUUACCAAGUCAGUUUUUUUUUUCUCGAGGACUCAGAGAAGUUUCUGAAUAUCAGGUUCUGAGCGAUAAAACACUCGGCUCGGGGCAGUUUGGAACGGUCUAUUCGGCGAUUCAACGGCACUCAGGCAAAGAAGUCGCCGUCAAGGUUUUUGAGCCCAUCGAGCGCUUACAGAGUGGGGAAUCGGAGUGAUGCCAGGUGAUAUCGAAGGAACGGUUUUCGAAGAAAGGCAGCGGGGCUGAAUCAAUGCGAGCGGAGGUGGCCAUUCUGCAGCAGACAUGCCACCAGGGUAUCGUUCGCCUCGAAUUCAUGUGUGAAACCAAAGACAAAAUCUUCGUCGUUAUGGAAAAAAUGAACGGCGAUAUGCUAGAAAUGAUACUUAGUCAGGUUUUUUUUUUAAACCAGCGACAAUUUAAUCAAAUGCGAUCUAGGAGCUCGGUCGUUUGAACUCUCGCGUGGCAAAGUUUCUCCUAGUUCAAAUACUCUCGGCAUUACGCUACCUCCAUGAUCAAGUACUUUUGGAAAGGAACUUAAUAAUUAACUAGGAAUAUCUAUAGGGGAUCGCUCACUGUGAUUUGAAGCCUGAGAACGUGCUGCUAUCCGACAUGGCCUCAAACUUCCCACAGACAAAAAUUUGCGACUUUGGAUAUGCUAGGUGAGUCGCUAGCAACUUAUUACCACAGACUAGAACUACAUACUCAAUGUUUGUCAACGUUUCGGAGACAAACAUUUUUUUUUCAUUUUGGGUUUUUUUCCAACCACUUCAAAGUCGGAUGACCUGUUAAAGCGGGAAAUUGCUAGCAUUUUACAGUUCUAAAAAAGCUUGCAUUACAUUCGAGAAAUAGAUAAACCGUAAAAUCCGAAUCACAACACGAUAUAUUAAUCAUAGAAGGUUUGAGAUUCAUCCCCGAAUCUCAAUUCCGGAAAACAAUUGUGGGAACUCCCGCUUACUUACCUCCAGAAGUUUUACAACGGAGAGGUAAGGGAAGUUAUAAACUUAAUCUAACCUUUUUAAAACAGGUUACAAUAAAUCGCUCGAUAUGUGGUCGGUCGGAGUUAUCAUAUACGUCACCCUGUCUGGCACGUUCCCUUUUAAUGAAGGAGAAGAAGUGAGUCGAAACAAUAAAAAAAUAAAAAGAGAAUUAUUUUUUUAGGUCGGGGAACAAAUUCAAAACGCAGCAUUCAUGUUCCCAGCAGAGCCAUGGAGCGAAGUAGAACCUUUGGCAGUAGACCUGAUACAACGUCUUCUAAGAGUUGAAGUAAAGUGUUACUCUAGUGUAGGCUCAAAGAAGGGCAAAAACAGAUUGACGCGCGUCUCAACAUCGAACAGUGCUUAGACCACGAAUGGCUGAAAGGCUACCAGCUCUAUCGGGAUCUGCGAGACCUCGAACUCCGACUAAAUAGUCCAAGGUAAUCCGAGGAAACGGGAAAAAAUGAUCUAGAAUGGUUAGAUAUCUCACUACGGCUUCGGACGACCACCACUAUACGCAGGCCAUCCCUGAUGCUCAAAACUCUCUCAUCUGA